AUGCCUCUUCAAUACUUUGAAAAAUGGGUGCAUACCCACCAUACGGACUCUAUUGAUUGCAUUGCUUUCAGCAUGGACGGGAUUUUCUUAGCCAGUGGCAGCAUGGAUGGCACAACUAAAAUCCAGACAUUGUGUUUCCGUGCUCACAGCUGCCCUAUUGAACAUCUUGCCUUUGACCAUUCGGGCCUGAAGCUUGCUACCGGCGCACAACACGAGUUGAAAGUGUGGAGAUAUCUGUCUCAAGGUUGUUUGUUGGCCACCUACUUAUACCAAGGAAUUAUAUGUCGUGAACCUGAAUCGGGUGAAACCCGCUGGGCCAUUCCGCUUCGGUCGCUGAUAGGACAUGCCGACUUGUCCCCUGACGAAACUCGGAUUGCUAUCUUCAACCAGCACAACGGCAUUGAUGUCUACAAAAUCCCGGGUGCUAUAUGGCUGAAGUCGUAUCACUUUACAAUU